GCUGAGCAGGCUCGGAGCUCAGGCCGGAUCAGUCAUUGGCACUGGGAGCCGUCAGACUGCUCAAUAGCUGAGUGCAGUGAAAGCAAAGCAAGGAGUAGUGCAGUACCCGGAUCUGUGAGUGAACAACGAAGUACUGCAACUUUUUAUGGGGGGGCGGUGUAUGCAUGUACAAUUGUACAUGUGUCUGUGUGUAUGUACAUGUGUGUAUCUGUACAUGUCUCUGCGUGUAUGUACAUGUAUGUGUGUGUGUGUGUGCAUGCGUCUCUGCGUGUGUACAUGUGUCUGUGCAUGAACAUGUAUGUGUGUUUGUGUGUAUGUACGUACAUGUGU